CCCGCCCCUUUCCCCCGCCCGUGCGGCCAUGGCCAUUCCCGGCAUCCCCUAUGAGCGACGGCUUCUCAUCAUGGCGGACCCUAGAGAUAAGGCGCUUCAGGACUACCGCAAGAAGCUGCUGGAACACAAGGAAAUCGAUGGCCGUCUCAAGGAGUUAAGGGAACAGUUAAAAGAACUUACCAAGCAGUAUGAAAAGUCUGAAAAUGAUCUGAAGGCCCUACAAAGUGUCGGGCAGAUUGUAGGUGAAGUGCUUAAGCAGUUAACUGAAGAAAAAUUCAUUGUUAAAGCUACAAAUGGACCAAGAUAUGUUGUGGGUUGUCGUCGACAGCUUGACAAAAGUAAGCUGAAGCCAGGAACAAGAGUUGCUUUGGAUAUGACUACAUUAACUAUCAUGAGAUAUUUGCCAAGAGAGGUGGAUCCAUUGGUUUACAACAUGUCUCAUGAAGAUCCUGGAAAUGUUUCUUAUUCUGAGAUUGGAGGGCUCUCAGAACAGAUUCGGGAAUUAAGAGAGGUUAUAGAAUUACCUCUUACAAACCCAGAAUUAUUCCAGCGUGUAGGCAUAAUACCUCCAAAAGGCUGUUUGUUAUAUGGACCACCAGGCACAGGAAAAACACUCUUGGCACGAGCUGUUGCCAGCCAGUUGGACUGCAAUUUCCUAAAGGUUGUAUCUAGUUCUAUUGUAGACAAGUACAUUGGUGAAAGUGCUCGUUUGAUUAGAGAAAUGUUCAAUUAUGCCAGAGACCAUCAGCCAUGCAUCAUUUUUAUGGAUGAAAUUGAUGCUAUUGGUGGUCGUCGGUUUUCUGAGGGUACUUCAGCUGACAGAGAGAUUCAGAGAACUUUAAUGGAGUUACUGAAUCAAAUGGAUGGAUUUGAUACUCUGCAUAGAGUUAAAAUGAUCAUGGCUACAAACAGACCAGAUACACUGGAUCCUGCUUUGCUGCGUCCAGGACGAUUAGAUAGAAAAAUACAUAUUGAUUUACCAAACGAACAAGCAAGAUUAGAUAUAUUGAAAAUCCAUGCAGGUCCUAUUACAAAGCAUGGUGAAAUAGAUUAUGAAGCAAUUGUGAAGCUUUCAGAUGGCUUUAAUGGAGCAGACCUGAGAAAUGUUUGUACUGAAGCAGGGAUGUUUGCGAUUCGUGCUGAUCAUGAUUUUGUAGUUCAGGAAGACUUCAUGAAAGCAGUCAGAAAAGUGGCUGAUUCUAAGAAGCUGGAGUCUAAAUUGGACUACAAGCCUGUAUAAUUUUCUGUAAGGUUUUUGAUGGCUGCAUGACAGACUGGCUUAUUGUAAAAAUAAAGUUAAGGAAAAUAAUGUAUGUAUUGGCAAUGAUCUUAUUAAAGUCUGUGAAUAAAAAUAUGUAUAACAAAAGUUAGUAUGUAAUUCAGUAUUUCAACUUUUAAAAUAGGGACAGGAGAAAUUUAUGCUGUUAAUGUUGCAUUUGUUGCAACAGAAGUUACAAAAGGAUGUGUAUUGAAGCUUUUCAUAUUUGCUGUGUGAGCAUUUUAUAGAACAUUCAGAGUGUUUGAAAUAGUCAUACAAGAGAACAUUUCUUAAGUCUUAUUUUAUAUCAUUUGUUUUCUUCAUCCUAAAAGUUGAAUAAAAUCUGUUUAAUUUA